UCUCCAGGGGAACUGGCUAACCCUUGGGUUCUCCCACCUCUUGCCCCGCUGUGUGACUCAAGUAACAGCGUCUGUUCUUGCUAGUUCUGGGCUCCCCAGCGCCCUGAGGAGGGGCCAGGGUGGAACGUGGCUGGACGCUGGGGACUCUGCUCACCGGGGAGUUUUCUCCAGAGCUGCUGCCUCAGAGGAGAGAAGUAUGGUCUCCCUGAAUCAACAACUCUGACCUAUCCCCCAAAAAAACAGAGACAAGUGCUGGUCACAUGGCCCGUCAGCUGUUGGACCCUCCCCAUGAGCUUCUCGACAUGUGCGCUCCCAUCCCUGCCUCCUUCAAGGCAUUUAAGCCGCAGCUGCCACCGGGGCCCCCACUGGAAGGAGCAGUCCGUCUCCCUCUCUUCUCCCUGCCCUGGGGACCCCGGCGGCCGGCACCCCGCCCCUCCUCCCCAGCCCAUGGGGACGCUCAUGGCUAAACUGCUCCUGCCCACAAUCAGCAGCCUGGCCUUCCUCCCCACGGUCAGCAUCGCUGCCAAAAGGCGGUUCCACAUGGAGGCCAUGGUUUAUCUCUUCACCACGUUCUUUCUGGCGCUCCACCACGCCUGCGCUGGGCCCGGCCUCUCGCUGCUCUGCCUCCUGCGCCACGACGUCCUGGAGUACUUCAGCAUCUACGGGACGGCCCUCAGCAUGUGGGUCUCGCUGAUGGCGCUGGCCGACUUCGAUGAGCCCAAGCGGUCCACUUUCGUGAUGUUUGGCGUCCUGACCAUCGCCGUGCGGAUCUACCACGACCGCUGGGGCUACGGGGUGUACUCUGGCCCCAUCGGCUCGGCCAUCCUCAUCAUCGCGGCCAAGUGGCUGCAGCAGAUGAAGGAGACGCGGCGCCUGUUUCCGGACAAGAGCGUGUACGCCCAACAGAUAGGCCCCGGCCUCUGCUUCGGGGCCCUGGCUCUCAUGUUGCGCUUCUUCUUCGAGGACUGGGACUACACCUACGUCCACAGCUUCUACCACUGCGCCCUGGCCAUGUCCUUCACCCUGCUGCUGCCCAAGGUCAACAAGAAGGCCGGAAGUGCAGGGGCCCCCGCCAAGCUGGACUGCUCCACCCUCUGCUGUGCCUGCAUCUGACCGUGCGUUCUGGCUCUGAGCCCCGCCCUGCCCUGUCCCCAGCCUGCCAAGAGUGCCCCAUCCUGCCCGACCUGGAGGAACAUCCCUCCUUGGAGCCUGAGGCCUCUCCAGGGCUUCGGGAAGCACAGGCCAGGCGCUUCUUGAGAAUCCACUCAUUUGGUUUGUACUGGGUGCUAAGCACCACGCUGGAAAGAAAAGAACUUUCUCCCUUCUCCUAGGCCAAGGUCCUGGCAGAUGGGAGUGUCUGCAGAGCCCUGGAGCCAGCAUCUGUCCCCCUGCAACCCGCCCAGUCCCAGCGACAAGGGGCCUGCCCGCCGCCCCCGGCCGUGUGCUCCCCACAUCACCUGCCACCUGCUUUCUCUUGGCAACCGGUCUCCCCACUCCUGAGCUGUGCCCUUAGGCUCAGCUUGCCGGGGUCAGCCAGGCCACUCUGGCGCUUGCUGCCCUUCCCGCCAGGCCCCUGAAUCAAGCCAUCUCCAUGUCCUGUCCACCCUCAUCAUUUCAUCCAGUCCUCAAAGCAAGUCUGAGUAGAUGGCAAUUUCAAGGCACAGAGGUACCCUACUUUGAUGGGGAGAGAAGGUUGGAAAGUGAUGUAGGGUUAAGAUUAUAGUAUGAAAGUCACUCAGUCACGUCCAACUCCGAGACCCCAUGGACUGUAGCCUGCCCGGCUCCUCUGUCCAUGGGAUUCUUCCUGCCCAGAGCUCGAGACAGCAGCACUGACCUCAGCCCACAGUCACCGGGCCUGGCACCACUUCGGGCACCUCACUCUGGAGUGCCCUCAGGGCUUUCGAGAUCCCACCCAGGGUGGGCCCGGGUCCAGAACCCCUAACAAGACCGCCGGGCCCCCAGACUGGCCCCACGGGGCAGGGCUUGCCGCCAUGUGCAGAGGUCAGCCCACUCCCAUUCAGGGCCCGCUGGCACCGCCCGGCGGUGGGGGCGGGAGCUGGCCGCCCAGACAUCACCUCACAAAGCCGAGGCUCCCAGCUUCCCGAAUGAUCCGGGCACAUCCAUCAGGCAGGAAGUUACCUACACCUGUCUGGGGCCUGUUUGUGUUUCCAGACGUGCAGCUACCCACGUCUGUGCCCACCACAGGGGGCAGCCCCUGGCGUGUCCUCAAGUCACCCCAGCCACGCUUCAGGGGCCGGUAGAGAGCUGGCCCCGAGGGCAGGGGACCAGGCGGACCCCACAGCCCAGCCUCCAUGUGUCCGUGGGCCCCCUUGACUGCCCAGGGGUCCCGCAUCCUGGGGGGCCUGGACACCCGCAACCCGGCCCUGGCCCCACCCCUUUCUGCUAGCGACAAAGUGGCCUGCCUGCACUCAGGGUCCUCGCCAAGCCUUGUGGGGCGAGAGCUGGCUCGUCACAGCUCCAGGGCCAUCAGCCAGACACGGCCCCACAGGUGGGCCCAGGGGCGGGCAGGUGACGCCUUGAUCGGCUUCGGGCUUGCUAUGGGGGUGUGAGCACACGUGUGCACACACAGACAUUCACACACACCUGAAGAGACUUCAGGUCUGCCCCUCUGGUCCCGUCUCCCAGUUCUGCAGGGGGAGAUUCACGGCUCAGCACCAGGUGGUAAGGACAGGCUCUGGGGGCCGCUCGGGUCGGGGGAGCCAGGCAGCAUCACUCCAUAAAUCUGCAAGGUGGCUGGCCUCUGCCCACUGCCUCCCGCCAUCCCCCGACCAUCCCCCCAACCCAUCACCUCCCGCCCAGCCCCCCCGGGCCCCCCCAGCAAGCACGCCCCGGCUCCCAGCCCCGCGGCAAUGCAGCGCCUGGAAAGUUGGAGGCCGCAGCCUGCUCCCGAGCAGGGAGGAGGCAGGGGCCUGCCAGGCGCGUAGGGGCUGCACCCACAGGCUGCUCACUGCGGCUGCCCUGAUUUAUGAGGCCGUCUGGGAGCCUGGCCAAGUCUGUAAGUCAUGGACAAUUAGGAGGCGCGCUCCAGGCCUCAGCCCCGUCUGCCUCUCGGGCUCCAGGCCCGACUGCGCCCCUCCUGAGCACCGCUGGCCCCCGCGGAGACCCCUUCGGAGGGUCCCAGGGGCUGGUCCUGAGCCCACUUUGCAGAUGAGGACCCUGAUGGCCGGGGAGGUGGCAGCUGGCCCUCGUCCCUUGGGCACAGACCACUGAGUUGGUAGUGGUGCCCAGGGUCUUGCCAGACAUCCCAGAGGUGUCUUCUUCUGGCUUGAAGGAACACUUUGGCAUCUUGUGGGGCGAAGGGGUCUACCCAAGGGGCGGAGGGGUCUACCCAAGGGUCAGAGGGGAGUGCCCAGGAAGGGGACCGGGAAGAGAGGCAGCCUCCUCCACACCCCAAGACCAACGAGGACCAAGUGCAAUGGCCUUCAGGCUCCAGCACCUCCGACCAGUGUCAGGGACUCCUGGGGUCUUCAGGCCCCUGGAAUCUGAGACUCAGGUCCUGGUGCAGGAAGCGCCCCACCCCAGGCCAUCCCGGGCCACCUUGGGCUCCAGACAGGACUGCCUCUCCCACCCAGCCCCGAGGCAGGGAGGACUGGGGUCCCCCGAGUCCUGAGACUUCCAACAGUGAGUGCCUGAAAACGUCCUCUGAGAUGUCACUGGAGGCCGCGAGCGGUGGCGUGCCACGGAACUCGCUUUAACGGUGGAGACACUCCCCUGGCCCAGGCAGCAUCCGCCGGACGCACAGGCCCAUGAGCCUCUCAAACGCGCCUAGCAGAGCUGGCUCUUUAAAUGCCAGCUGAGUCUAAUUGAUCUGAACGUCAAUAGCCACACGGGUAGGGUUGCAAAUAAAAUACAGGAUGCCUGGUUCUAUUUGAAUUUCAUAUAGUAGAUGAUUAUCUUGCCUCAGUGUGUCUUAAAUUUGGGGCACGCUUGCAGGAGACCUACCUAAAAAUGACUCUCUUCCUCUGAAAUUUAAAUGUAACCCAAUGUCCUGUGUUUUAUGGGGCAUCCAGCCCCCACGGCUAGCAGCUCCCCACACGGCAGGGCAUCUGCAGAAGGAUGGGCAGCUCCCUGGACACGUGGGUUUGGGUGCCCAGGGUUCACCCAGGCGACACAGUCAGGGAAGCUGCAGCGCCCAGUGGGGGCUGGGCGAGGCGGGGGCUGGGCCGGUAUAGGCCCACACUGGCCUCUCGGGGCCUGGGCUCGGCUUCCAGACCCUGCGGAGUAGCCGAUGCCCUGCCGAGCACACGGAUGCCCCGGGCCCAGGCACAUGGCCGCCUCUCCCCAGCACACUCGCAGCCCCCUCGGGGGAGGAGGAGGGGGGCGUGGCGCACACCUCUGGCGGCCCAAACGGAGAAGUAUUAUAAACAUUCGCAACAACGUAGACAAAACAGGCUAUUGUAGCGGGCCCCUCCGCCUCCCCCAGGAGCUGGGGCGAGGCUGGCAUGGCGAGGGGAGGGCUCGGGCCCCCGCCAGGGCGUCCUCUGUUUGCACAGGCGGAGGUGUUUUCGUCUGAGGGCAGUCUGCACCCUGUAGCCUUUGUCAUGUCUGCUACUGAGAUUUCCUGUCUCUGCUACUCUCUUCCUCAGGAAGACCAUCUGAAACCCAAAACUUCUAUUGCCCCUUUUUAGAAACGGCUUUGCGGCUCGCCAUCUCCUCCAUCCCGGUCUGUUCCUCCUCCUGCUGCGCGGGGCUGCUGCGAUUGUAGUUAGGGGAGGCCUGCUGGGUGCUGGUGCUGUGGCAGGAAUUCGCCCUGGUCUCCGCCGCAGGGUCUUGGCGGCAGGAGCUGCAGGGAGGAGGGCCAGGUAUGUGGGCAGGACGAUUCUGCAGAGUCGGCAGGAAGCCCCGGGGUGUAAAACUCAGGCCUGCAGUUUAGCUGGUUAGCGCGGCUGUGAGCUGAGAGCCGGGGUCCGCAGAGACACACGGCACAUGCCCCCAGGGAUCUGGCCACCCCUCUAAAGGCUCUGUGCCCUGGAGCCUGGCUCUUCCCAUCCCUGCGCCCGCUUUCCCCACUUUGACCAGGAGCGGCAGCCUCUCCCCGCCCGGCGCUCAGGCCCAUGAGGGUGAAUUAGGUCAGAGGCUGGCUGGACUGAAGAGGGCUUGGGAAUGAAGGGAGGGAGGCAGAAGCAGGAGGCGGGAGGUGGGGCCAGGGGCGCUGGGAGGCAGGCAGGAUCCCACCUAUAGCUCCCCAGUACGUCCCCAGGCAGGCUCGCCGAGUCCCCCGGGUCCUCUCCCUCUCAAUUCGUCCAUUUGUAAUAGCGCUCACUUCGCGUGGGUUUUUCCAAGAUUAAAUGAGAUUAUUGAAC